GUACUGUCAGUGAACCGCUGGUUUUGUUCUGUUUUACAGCCCACUAAGUCCCGCCCACGACCGUUUUUAGCUCAGCUACGUUACUUUCAUUGGAAAGAAGAGUUGGCAAGUGAAUGAAGAAAGCCCUCCCAGAACCAAGAUGUUGUUUUUGGCCACUUUAGGCCAAACUGGAGCCCGACGAGUUGUGACUCGAGGGAGAUUUACAAGGGAUGGCAGGUGCCUGUUUACCGGUUUGCUAGAAUUUGUCCCCAGGACCAGAAACAUGGGCCAGUCCUUCUUCUGCGCAUCAUCAUACAGAUUCUUUAGUGCCACAGCUGCUCAUUUGAAUGCUUCAUCAUCACCUACAGCCAAUCACAAAACACCGUCCUACAGUUAUAUCAUUGUUGGGGCAGGGUCAGCAGGCUGCGUCCUUGCCAACCGUCUCAGUGAGGAUACCCAUGAGUCUGUGCUGCAGCUGGAGGCUGGGCCUAAGGACAUGGUGUUAGGCAACUUACGACUCUCAUGGAAGAUCCACAUGCCAGCUGCGCUGACCUACAACCUCUGUGAUGACAAGUAUAACUGGUACUACCACACUUUACCUCAGGCCCACUUAAACAACCGGGUGUUGUACUGGCCGAGGGGCCGUGUCUGGGGUGGGUCCUCUUCACUCAACGCCAUGGUGUACAUUCGUGGACACGCUGAAGACUACAAUCGCUGGCAGACAGAGGGGGCAGAGGGCUGGGAUUAUGAACACUGUCUGCCUUACUUUAGGAAAGCUCAGUGUCAUGAGCUGGGAGAAAACAGGUACCGGGGAGGCAGCGGACCUCUUCAUGUGUCCAGAGGGAAGACCAACCAUCCCCUUCACAAAGCUUUCAUUGAGGCAGGGCAGCAGGCAGGAUACCCCUUCACUGAUGACAUGAAUGGACACCAACAGGAGGGCUUGGGCUGGAUGGACAUGACAAUUUUUAAAGGAAAGAGGUGGAGCACAGCGAGUGCCUACCUGAGACCUGUCCUGGGUCGACCCAACCUGAAGACAGAGGUGCACUGCUUGACCACCAAGAUCCUGUUUGAUGGCAACCGCGCCGUGGGUGUGGAAUACACACAGAAAGGACAAAAGAAAAGGGCAUUUGCAGAUAAAGAGGUGAUAUUAAGUGGAGGAGCCAUUAACUCCCCUCAGCUUCUCAUGCUGUCUGGGGUGGGAAACGCUGAUGACCUGAAACAACUCGGCAUCCCUGUAGUUCAGCACUUACCAGGUGUUGGCAGUAACCUGCAGGAUCAUUUGGAGCUGUACGUCCAGCAGCAGUGCACUCAGCCUAUCACCCUGUACAAGGCCCAGAAACCUUUCCACAUGGUCAAGAUAGGCUUGGAGUGGCUCGCUCUGUUUACUGGUUAUGGAGCAACAGCCCACUUGGAGAGUGGAGGGUUCAUCCGCAGCCGGCCACACGUCACACACCCUGACAUCCAGUUUCACUUCCUGCCCUCGCAAGUCAUCGACCACGGACGAGUUGCCUCCAAGGUCGAGGCAUAUCAGGUUCAUGUUGGUCCAAUGAGAAGCACCAGUAUCGGCUGGAUGAAGCUGAAGAGCGCCAACCCUUUGGAUCACCCGAUUCUCCAGCCAAACUAUCUCUCCACCGAUAUUGAUGUGUGGGAGUUCAGGGAGUGUGUCAAACUCUCCAGAGAGAUUUUUACCCAGAAGGCCUUCGACCCGUUCCGCGGUCCCGAAGUCCAACCCGGUCCUCAGGUCCAAUCCGAUGCCGACAUUGACGCUUUUGUUCGGCAGAAAGCUGACAGCGCCUACCACCCGUCCUGCACCUGCAAGAUGGGCUCGCCAUCCGAUCCGAUGGCGGUUGUCGACUCCAACACGCGCGUUCUGGGGCUGGAGCGGCUGCGUGUGGUCGACGCCUCCAUCAUGCCCAGCAUCGUCAGCGGCAACCUGAACGCUCCGACCAUCAUGAUGGCAGAGAAGGCUGCUGACAUCAUCAGAGGUCGCCCUCCUCUGGUUGACCCGGAGGUUCCCGUGUACCAACCGCCGACACUCGACACACAGAGAUGAACAGAGAGAGUGAGUAAAGGGUAAACACUUUACAGCACAAUCCAUUAUCAAGCAACAACAGCAGUGAACAGCUAAUUGUGUUAUGAUUAUUUUGCCCUGGAUCAUAUAAUACCGUUGAUUUGAGCAGUUUACAUGUAAAAUUCAGUUUUUCAGUAGAUUACUUGGAGUCUUCUGAUUAGGAAACAGGGGCUCUGUCACUUGUUAUUUUCCAUCUUAAGUAACCUUAAAGCUAAUGUGAUCAACACUUUUACUGCAUUGUUCUAAAUUUAGAUUUUACGAUCAGUUGCGUGCUGGCGCUCCAUGAUGGCAUCAUGUUUGCUGGGAAAGAUGCUGAGCAUUUGCAAAGGCACUGUGAACGCAAUGGAAAAUUGCUCCUUGCAACAUUUCACUUAAUUUGCCUGGCAUUAACUUGACUAUGCAUCAACUUUGACAUGUUUGUGUGAGUGUAAGUUCAAAUGUCUUACAAAGUACACACCUUCACAAGACUACAGUGAAUUUGUAAGCCUUAUAAUCCAACUUCUCUGACGUAAACAAUGCCUUCACUCUCCCUUGCCAUGGAAACUAACAUUGCUUAGAUAACAUUACAUCCACACUCUGUUCUCCUGAAGUAAUAAUCCAAGGGUUCAACACUAAAACAGCUAUAUACUGUAAAAUGUGAAUCCACUAAUGAAUCCAUUUAUUUCAGUCACAGAGUGACAAAGUGUUGACUAGAAAAAAAAACAUUUUCAUCCCAUUGUGUCAUCUCAUCAGCCUUCAUAGAUUAUAUCUCUUCAUCAAUUGAGUUCACACAGCUGCAAAAAUAAGAGUGACUAGCUCAGCAGCCAGGGUUUCGUGUAGACUGUUAACCCUCUCUGUUAACUGCCUCACCAGCACUUUUCAAUUUUGUCUCUUCUGUCAGAUAAGUUGUCACCAAGGUAAAAUGCCUCUUCCUUCCUGGAAACUUGCAGACAAAAUACUCUUUUUGUUGGUUUGUUGAACAUGAUUUAAAUCCGCUAAGGGACUACAGAAACUAAUAGGUUUGAUUUAAAUCCACUUUAAGUAAAAAAAAAAGAAAGAAAAAAAAAAAAGAGUAAUUUAGCCUCUUGUCUUGUUUCACAGUAGAGACUAACCUAGUUGUUUAGGCUGACAACGUUUGUAAAUUCCAAGGUAUGUCUCCCCUCCCCCCCCUUCCCUGUUGAGACUUGAUGUUUAUCAAGUUGUUGAUUUAACGGACGUACAUUUAACAAGCCUCAGUGGAAAGAUUUUAACAAUCAAAUAAAGCUAACAUGGAACAAGGAACAUGGGCAAAAGUCACAGCAGAUGUAAUAGCACCCUACUUGCAUUAUUACAGCUCACAGCUUUCAUUUGGCUUUUGGUUCAGGACCGUCUGGUAGCUGUUUUAUCCAUGUAGCAAUACAUGGGAAUUAUAGCUCAGCAUAUCUGAUGAGUGUAGCUCUUGUGUUUAAAUACUCUAAAUGUGUCGUGGAUGUUUACAAAGAAGCUUUUGAAGAUGAACUGAUCAGAUAAUACUGUCUGAUAAUACUAUCUGGUCCUGUAAGAUCAUUAUAUUCUGAUGAGUGUGUACGUUUGGUUCAGCCAGGACUGAAACAUAGUCAAUUUUAUUGAAUACAUGAAGUAUUGAUUUCAAAUUAUAUUCACGUUUUUAUUAUCAGCUCUAAUGCAGCCGAGUGUUAGAAUGAAUUCUAAUUGUCUUAAUAAGCUUUGCACUACUCUAUGAAGUAUCUUCAUCACAGUGACAAUAAUUGUUUACAUCAUAUGCAGUGUUGUACAAUAUUACUUGAAUGUUUAAAUAAUUUGGGAUUUGUCAUGAAGGAGUAACACGUGAUCGUAAAGGGAAAAUGAUUGUGGAAAUUCUUACAGCCUUAAUGUUUGCAUGUUUUUAUUUAUUCUUGUAUUGAUUGUAAACAAACGCUAGAAACCGUCCUGACCUUGUGACUUUAUUCACUGAUCCUUACAAAAAUCCUCACCGGGUUCAUUGCCAAGAAUUCAAAUGUACAAAACGGGGGGUUUUGUUUUCCAUUGGUACAAAAUCUAUAAGGUACUAGUACUUGUGCUACGAAGUAGAUAGAGCUAUGUUUUAUAAUUCCCAUACAACAAAUGGGUAGAAAGCAGAAAUCUUAAUCACUUACUUUUUACAAACACUGUACAGAUUGUAUACAUGCUGUUGUUUCAUAAACACCUGUGAAGCAGUGGAACAGUACAACAAAAUAAAGCUGUCAGUUGCACAACAAA